AUGGCAGCGAGAGGUGGUAAAGUACAGAAGGUGAUGGUUCAGCCUAUUAAUUUGAUCUUCAGAUACUUGCAAAAUCGAUCACGGAUACAGAUAUGGCUCUAUGAAGAUAUUACACACAGGAUUGAAGGGUACAUCAUCGGGUUCGAUGAAUAUAUGAACGUGGUACUGGAUGAAGCAGAAGAGGUGAAUAUGAAAACAAAAAAUCGUAAUAAGGUCGGACGGAUCAUGUUGAAAGGUGAUAAUAUCACAUUGAUACAAAGCAUAGGUUGA